AUUAAAGUGUUUAAAAUGACGGAAAAAAAAAUUUCGUUUGGUUUCAAGCAAGUAAAGAAGCAACUGGUGCUGUUGCCCAAUAAAAUCGAGACAAAGAAUAAUGACAUUGAGCUGAUUCAGUGUUUGGAAGGUCAAUCCAUAAAGUUGAUCAAUGCGAAAGAAGAGGAGAAACCACUUGUAAUCCCAUUGUUGAAUGGCCAAAGAACAUCAGCCGCACUUGCAUCGCUGAAAAAUCUCAAGAAUGUGUUGGACGGUGAUGAACAGAAUGACGAUGCAAAUGGCGCGCAAAAACCCGAUGCUAAACCUACCGAAUCGAGUGAAACCGAUGGCCAGUUGACGAUUGAACAACGAGUUGUACGGGAGUUAUUGAAUGAAGCAAAGAAUACCGACGAAGAUAAUGAUGAAACAAAUGGUGCAAAGCUAUCGUUACCAAUGGCAGCGGAUAAAUUACCACUCGAAGGUGCCAAACAAUCGACAAUGGAUGAUUAUGACAGCAUUCCGAUUGCCCAUUUUGGAAUGGCAAUGCUGCGCGGAAUGGGUUUAAAGGACGAAGAGAUCAUUGCAAACAAAAAUAAAGAAAUCGAACUGCGGCCGAAGGGGAUGGGAUUAGGUGCCGAUAAAGUGGUGAAAAAAGCUAAGCUUCUCGUGGCACCAGCUGCAAAUGAAACAUUGGAAAUCAAGAAAAAUGCCUACAUUCGAAUCAUCGGUGGAAAAAAUAAAGAUUUAUAUGGACAAAUUGAGGGAUUAGAUGACCAUGCAUGCCGUGUCAUUGUUAGACUCGCACUUGGCGGUAACAGAGAAACACUCAACGAAUUCAUGGUUCAACCGGUUUCCAAACAAGAAUACCUACAGUACGGAAAGGUUAUAAAUUCCGCUAAAUACGACGAGUACAAACGAAAACAGGAGGAAAUGGAUGCAAAAAGGAAUAUCAAGCAAGAGGUUAAAAGAGAAAUCAAGGAAGAAGUUAAAGAAGAGCACGAAAAAUCGCGUAAAUCUGUAUCGCGUGAACGAGAUGAAUCCAAAUCGAGAUCUUAUCGUGAAUCAAAUCCAAGACGCAGCAGAGAAAAAGGUGAAAAAAGUGAAAGAAUUGAUUAUGGAAGCAGUUCACGUCGAAGAGAACGCAGCCGUGAGCGUAGCCGAGAUCGAAGCAAGCGCAGUUCAUCGUAUGAUAGAAACCGAUGCAAAGACAUUGAAAGGAACUCAACCAAGAAUCGAUAUGAGAGUCGCCGUAGUCGUUCAGUUGAUAAAUAUAACCAUAAGCCAUCUUCUAGCUCUCGGAGGGAUCGCUCCAGAGAACAUUCAAUGGAACGGCCAAGAGACGAUAAAUCCAGGCGACGAGGCGAGAGAUCAAAAUCGUCGAGCAUAAUUUCCGUAUCUGAUAGCGAUAGCUCAGAUGAUUCGCGACACGAUCAACGUUCACAUCAUAAAAAAUCUAAGAAAAAACACAAGAAGAAAUCAUCCAAAAAGUAUGACAGCUCCGACAAUGACGAUCGCAGCUACAAAAAGAAAACGAAGAAGAGCAAACGCGAAAGGUCUCGAUCAAGAGGACGUCGAUAGAAUUAAAAACAGUAUAAAUUCAAUGAUGUCCACCCCUGAUGUAAUUUUUCCAAUAAAAAUAAACAGCCAAUUAAAACUUGUUUUGGAA